UGCACAGUGCACUACUGUAUCACUACAAUACUACAGUGUUUGAUAUAUCAUGAAGCUAAAACUCCCCAACCCAGGCCUGGAGGACAGGAUAAUGUCCCAUGAGCAGCUGGACAAGCUGGAAGAGGAAGAGGCUGGAGACAGACCGAAAUGGGACAACAAGGCCCAGUACAUGCUGACCUGUGUUGGGUUUUGUGUGGGACUUGGAAAUGUCUGGCGGUUCCCCUACCUGUGUCAGAGUCAUGGAGGAGGUGCGUUUAUGAUACCAUUUCUGAUCCUGCUGGUUCUUGAAGGAAUCCCACUUCUACAUCUUGAGUUUGCCGUUGGUCAACGGUUAAGAAGAGGCAGUUUGGGAGUGUGGAAGACAAUUCAUCCCUAUUUGACCGGCAUUGGUAUUGCAUCCAUGUGUGUAUCUCUGACGAUCAGUCUCUACUACAACACAAUCAUCGCCUGGAUUCUGUGGUACUUCUUCAACUCAUUUCAAGAGCCUCUGCCUUGGAGUCAUUGUCCCUUGAAUGCCAAUUUAACAGGCCCUGUCUCAGAGUGUGAGAGGAGCUCCCCUGUGGAUUAUUUCUGGUACAGGGAGACACUGAACACAACUCCAAACAUUGAAGAAGAUGGCGGUCUGCAGUGGUGGAUACUAUUGUCUCACAUUUGUGCGUGGUCUCUGCUCUACAUCUGCAUCAUCCGUGGUAUUGAGACCACUGGCAAGGCUGUGUAUGUGACUUCGACCCUUCCCUACCUGGUGCUGACAAUAUUUCUGAUCAGAGGGUUGACCCUGAAGGGCUCUUUGAAUGGAGUUAAGUUUCUCUUCACGCCAGAUGUAACGGAGCUGGCAAAGCCAACAACAUGGCUCGAUGCGGGUGCUCAAGUUUUCUAUUCCUUCUCUCUGGCUUUUGGUGGUCUUAUUUCCUUCUCCAGCUACAACUCAGUACAUAACAACUGUGAACAGGAUGCAGUGAUCAUCUCUAUCAUCAAUGGUAUGACCUCCGUCUAUGCUGCAACUGUCAUUUACACCAUUAUUGGCUUCAGAGCAACGGAAAGAUACGACAACUGUCUCGCUGGAAACAUCCUCACAUUACUAAAUACGUUUGAGCUUCCUGAGGGCUCCAUCACUGAGAGCAACUAUAAUGAAGUUUUUCAACAUCUUAAUGAAACGCACACUGCAGUUAUCCAAGAGCUGGAUCUUCAGUCCUGCGUGCUAAAUAAAUUUCUCAGUGAGGGAGUUGAAGGAACUGGUUUAGCCUUCAUUGUGUUCACUGAGGCUAUCACCAAGAUGCCCCUCUCACCGUUGUGGUCCGUCCUGUUCUUUAUAAUGCUCUUCUGUCUCGGCCUGUCAUCUAUGUUUGGUAACAUUGAGGGAGUUGUAGUGCCACUGCAAGACCUGAAAGUUUUCCCUAAGACAUGGCCAAAAGAGGCUAUCACUGGUAUAACAUGCAUAGUCUGCUGUCUGGUGGGUCUGAUAUUUAUCCAAGGAUCAGGGAACUAUUGGCUUUCACUCUUUGACACCUACGGAGGAUCAAUCCCUCUACUAGUUAUUGCGUUCUGCGAGAUGGUCUCAGUGGUGUACAUAUACGGGAUAGACAGGUUCAACAAUGAUAUUAAGUUUAUGAUUGGACACAAACCCAACAUCUUCUGGCAGGCAACGUGGAGGGUCAUCAGCCCGCUCAUCAUGCUUUUCAUCUUGGUCUUUUACUUCAUCACUAAAGUUUCUGAAAAGGUCUUUUACAAAACCUGGAAUCCUGAAUCGGAUAAUUUCCCUGUAUUGGAGGAGAAGCCCUAUCCGGCCUGGAUUUAUGUGAUCAUCUUCAUAUUGGCAGGGAUACCCAGUGUUGCUGUGCCUAUCGUUGCUCUCUGGAAAUGUUUAAUGGCAAAGAGGAGAUGUUUAUGUUCACAUGUUGAUACAAUCUCUGACCAAGUUCAAAUGAACAAUGAGAGCAAAAAAUCCCUCCCCUAAUAUUCUAGUAAAAUCCCUAUUUUUUCCCCUUUUUCAAGAACAUCCAAGUGAUUUGAUUUCUAUCAUUUUAUUAACACAAAUUUUAAAUAGGAGGCAUAGCUUUCCUGAACAGAACUCCCUGUGUCCUCAGCCACCUGUGACAGCAUGUUAAGCUUUCAAGUCUUAUCUUUGUUCAGGUGACCAGAUGAAAAGCUGUAAAAUUCAAAGGACAGAGUUACAUAACAAUUUGCUUUGAUCUUUUUUAGGGGAGUUGCAAUUUACCAAUAUUGAUGAUAACCGUAAUAUUUAAAACAAUGAAAUACUACAGUAAUAUCAUGUUAAUAAUACACGUAUGAUAGUAUUGUGUAAAUAGUCCGGCCCCUCCUUCUUUUUGUUCUUGCUUUGUUUCCCUCUCCUCUUCCCUACACUAUUAAUUUGAGUGUAAUUCAUAUAACAAAAAUGAGACAGAUCAUGCAAACAAACAAAGAUAAACAUGAAUUUGACUAAUAGCGUUAGCAUUGUCUGUUUUUUCAAAUUUUCUCAAAUCGUGAACUGAAUUCUUUUGGCCACGAUAAUUGUGUAGUGAAAUCUGAUAUCAUACCAGCCCUUGUAAAAAAGAGCUUACCAUCCUAAAAACACCAUAAAAUAUGGCCUCAAGCAAUAUCAUGGAGUGAAGUUUGAAUUUAAUAAUACUGUGGCUAUCAUCUGUUUGCUUUCAAGAAUAUGGUAUGAACCAUUAAGAACAAUAUCUGAAGUGAAAUAAUGGGGCCUUUGCAAUGUGCAUCAUUAUCUGUUCAUUAAACUCUAUUGCAUGGAGACUCUGUGUCUGAAUCUCUGCUGAGUAGAUGGGCCCUAAGACAAAAUCCCACACUAAGUUUCUAACUAAUUUGCGUGGGACUUUGCUUACAGUAUACAUGUUUUCUAAUCUGUCUAAUUACUGCAAAGAAAUUGACAUAAGCCAAAUAAAGUGAACAGAGGAUCUUAGUAUAAGCCCAUUACAGAUUUCUAUCCCAGUGCCCCAUCAUGGGCUGAUCUGUCAGUGGGGUUAAGUAUGAUUUAACAGUUAUAAUGACACUAUAGAUUAAACAAUUAGAAACUAUAGAUUAAAUAAUUAGAUUUUUUCAGACUGGGAGAAGGUGCUGCCCCAGAAGGAAGCUGACUCUGAGCCAUGUACAGUAAUGAAGGCAUCUGUCCAGCUGGGGGUGCUAUUGUAGCAUUUUUGAGAAAUGAAUUAAAGGACUAAAUCAGC